AUGGAGACCUCCAACACAACUGCGCGAGUGGGAACGGAUGCCGACGACGGACCUGCACCGCCGGACCCGUGGAUACUUCGCUUCGACGGUGCGUGCAGACGCAACCCAGGCCCGGGUGGAGCAGGAGCCGCACUGUUCAAACCGAACGGGGUCGUCACGUGGACGUGUUCACACUACAUGCCAAGCAGCAGCGAAACUAACAAUACCGCAGAAUACACGGCGCUGCUGCUUGGAGUGCGAAGCGCUGUCCACCACGGUGCCCAGGACCUAGUGAUCGAGGGCGACAGCCACCUCGUGGUGGCGCAGGUCAAGGGCUCCUUCGCGUGCAGGAACCAGCGCCUCCGCCAGCUCCGGAACCGGGUUCGUCACGUGCUACGCUCGCUGCCGUCGCACACGCUCCGGCAUAUUGACAGGAAGGCCAACGCGCACGCAGAUCGGUUGGCUAACCGGGCGCUCGAUCUCAAGCGAACGGUGGCAGAGUGCAGCGAGCACCAGGCAGCAAUGGAGACCUGUGUCCAGCAGACGCUUCCUGAGCGCCUGCAGAGAGAGCAACUGUCACCGGACGUACGAGCCCCGAGAGCUCCUGCACCACUAGACGAUGACAAUGACGAGGAGAUCGCAGCCGAGAUUGCCGCGCGUGACGGUGGAGAAACGUUUCCUACACUGCCCAUUGGCCCUGGAUCUGCUCCAGCGCGACAGCCUCGGCUGCGACUCCGCCUCCGGACUGACGAAGAGCAGGACGCUGCAGCUGCGGCCCUCCAGACCAUGGCGGAAGAAUUGGCAUGCAAGGUCGUCGACGCCGAAAGCUGGGCCUCCGGUGAGGGCUACAUCAGCGCCAUCCCCGACCGCAUCAGGGCAGUUCUCCAGCCGUAUUCCGCCACGCCACCAGCCGGAUCUGCACAGCGGCCGCACCAGCACGGCUACCGACCACCACGCGUGACACGCACCCAGCGUGAGCAUCGCCUCGACGAGGCCUUGGAUGACAUGCACGCCGUGCAGCGUGCAACACCGACGGACCAGCGAGCCGUGCAGAGGGCACGGCGACGUGUCGGCCGGGUGCGUACGUCAAUGGCGAAACAGGAGCUGAGGCAGACCUUAGCGAAGGAUGAAGCGAAGUGCGUGGAGAGAAUCCUGAAGAGCUUGACGGCCGAGACGGCGGAGGACGAACACCCAGAAACGUGCCCGAUCAGCGCGUCCGACCUCCACGACCACUUCACGGGCACCAACACACCGCGCAUUAACUUUCUGCCCGACGAAGCGUGCGGCGAACGGUUCCGACGUGCAAUGGCCGGCAUUGGCCAACCACCUUCACAGCGCGACGCGCUCACGGACGACUUGACGGAGGAUGAGGUGGAGGACCAGCUCGCACGGACAACGGGAACAUCCAGCCCGGGCCGCGACGGCGUGGGCUUCGUCCGACUCGUCCACAAGAAGGGCAACCCGGGUGACCCAACAAACUGGCGGCCGAUCUGCUUGCAGACCGCCAUCUACAAGCUCUACAGUGGCCUGCUGGCACAGCGGCUGUCCGCGUACCUAGAGGGGAACGAGCUUCUACCGAUGGCGCAAAAGGGGUUCCGGGCGUUCAACGGUUGCCACGAGCACAACUUCGUGGCAACCACGCUCUUGGACCAGACCCGCCGCAUGCACCGCAAGCUGUACCAAGUCUGGUACGACUUGCGGAAUGCGUUUGGCUCCGUCCACCAAGACAUGCUCUGGUACGUGCUCCGCCUGCUCGGCGUCGAGCACGACUUCAUUACGCGCUGCAGCAACAUCUACCAAGACUCAUUUUUCGUGGUGGGGAACACUACGGACGGGGCGACGGAUCCAGUGCGACAGGAGGUGGGUGUGUAUCAAGGAUGUCCGCUCAGCCCCCUCCUGUCCAUCGCCGCACUCGUACCGCUCCUCCGUGCGCUCGAGCAGCUUGACAACGUUGGCGUCUCACUGGCGGACGGCGUGCGGCCUUGCGCCACCGCCUACGCGAAUGACUUGAAGGUCUUCAACGACAGCGCAGCAGGGAUCAAGCGCUGCCAUGCCGUCGUGAAAGCCUUCCUCGAGUGGACUGGGUUGCGAGCGAACGCCGCCAAGUGCGCGAGCCUCGCGGCGAUCACGAACGCCAGCGGCAAUCCGGCUCGCGACGAGAGCGUGCAGCUGGAACUGCACGACGACGCCAUCACCUCCCUCAGCCUCCAACAAAGCUACAGAUACCUGGGGGGUGUGAUGGCUUCGACCACGUGCGCCACCGCCUCCAGCUCGAACCCAAGCUCCAACAGAUCAAGCGAGAGGCGGUGGCGCUGA